GCACAAACAACGACCAGAUCUUGCUUCAAGCGUGCUGUGCUCUCUAGCUCAAUGGGCAUGGCUUCAGUGCUGGUCUGUGUGCUGGAUGGAUCUAUCUGCUUGGCUAGUACUGUCUAGCCAGACGAAUAUCGCUGCACUCUAUAGCUUGGACGGCUGCUGUAGCCUGUAGCCUGUGGACUAAACUUGAAGCCGCUAUCUCGCAUGAACUUCUUAUCGUCGACACCGGCCGAGCUGGGCUGCGUCUUGCUGCUCUUGCUCGAGCUCAUGUCAGGGUCUGCCGCGUUCUUCCAAUCUAGACCAGCUCACUGAGUGCCAGCACGUACUGCACUCAUACUGAACCGUGGCCCAAGCCCAAGCCCAGGCCUGUCUUCUCCGUCCUCUAUCCUUAUCGUGCUUGCCUCCGCCAUCUCCUCACCUGCAACUGUCAAUCGCUCAGACGACAUAAAGCCUCAACAGUAUCCAUACUCGUCAAACAUCAAACCACAGCCAUGGACGCAGCAGCACCCAGUCAAUUUGGCUUCCUCAAAGGCCUGCUCCAUGCAGACGUCAAUCCAGUCACCCACAAGUCAAAGACACUCGUGGCACUCAAUCCCAUCAACAAGUAUGGUAGAACCUUCCACCUCGCCUGGUUCGGCUUCUUUGUCGCCUUCCUCUCUUGGUUUGCAUUUCCACCGCUCCUCCAUGGCAUGUUGAAGACAGACCUCAAGCUCAAUUCUGCACAGAUUGGAAACAGCAACAUCAUCUCAUUACUAGCAACGCUGCUCGUUCGAUUGAUUGCGGGACCCCUGUGCGACAAAUUCGGACCACGUAAAGUCCUAGCCGGUAUUUUGAUGGCAGGUGCUAUUCCCACAGCAUGCGUACCUGCUAUUGGAUAUGGCAAGACAGGCUUGACGGGCUUCUACUGCAUUCGAUUCUUUGUCGGUGUACUCGGUGGUACCUUCGUUCCCUGUCUCGUUUGGUCGACACAGUUCUUUGACAAGUCCAUUGUCGGUCGAGCGAAUGGAUUCGUUGGUGGAUGGGGAAACGCCGGCGGAGGUGUCACCUUCUUUGUGAUGCCAGCAGUCGCAGAAGCCUUCUACAGUAAUGGCUACUCAAUGGGUCACUCGUGGCGCUAUGCAUUCCCGGCAUUACCCCUCGCAGUGUUGGUUUUGACGGCCGCAGCAGUCUUCUUCCUUGGUCAAGAUACACCCACGGGACCUUGGGCGACGCGUCACAUUCAUGGCGUUGCCGGAACACCCAUCGAUACGUCCGCCAUGGAUAAGGUUUUCAGCAGCCAAGCCGGUUCGUCUUCAAGUUCUCAGCGAGUAGCCACAUCGCCGCACAGUCACAAGGAGAAGAAGCCCAUCACACCUGGCGAAGCCACACCUGAUGUGGAAAUCGGCACGAUCGGCGACUAUGAGGAGAAUGUCAUUGUUGAAAACCCAACCAUCAAGUCUGCCGCAAAGAUCCUCAUCAACCCACAGGUGUUGUUCCUUGUGCUGACAUACAUGUGCUCCUUUGGCUCAGAGCUUGCCGUCGAGGGCAUCAUUUCCAACUUUUACAAAGCACAAGCAAAGAGUAUCGACAAGCAAGCUUGGUCUGAACAGCUCGCUGGAAAUUGGUCUGCCAUGUUUGGCCUGCUCAAUGUCAUUACCCGACCCUUGGGUGGUUACCUCGCAGACAAGAUUUACCUGGCAACAGGCAACAAUGUCAACAACAAGAGAUACUUUCACCUCGCCCUCGGUGUAGCGCAGGGUACCUUCUUCAUCUGGAUAGGUCUCGUGCCGGGUCUCAAAGUACACUCGUUGAUUGCUGCCAUGUCCUUUAUGGCCAUCUUUUUGGAAAUGCAAAAUGGUUCAGCCUUUAGCAUUGUCCCACACAUCCUGCCACAAUCAAAUGGAAUGGUCUCUGGUCUCGUUGGUGCUUCGGGCAAUGCUGGCGGUGUCAUCUUUGCCGUUGUCUUCCGCUUCAUUGCACCAGACUAUCACAGAGCAUUCUGGAUCAUUGGCUGCAUCAUUCUGAGUUUACAUCUCGUGGUCUGCUGGGUGCCUAUGCCGAGAAAGUGAAAUGGCUGUCUCAUACUUUUGUCGUAUUCCUAUAGAUUCUUUCAACUUAAAGCUUUGCAUUGAUUUGCUAGACAAGUAGUUGAAUUUGCAUACAGUGCUUCGAGA